AUGGCGGCUGCCUUGGAAGAUGAAUCCGAAUUAAGCAACGAUGAUUAUUAUUCCCUGCUGAAUGUGAGGAAGGAGGCUACGCAGGAUGAGCUUAAGGCCUCAUACCGGCGGCUGUGCAUGCUGUACCACCCAGACAAGCAUCGAGACCCCGAACUUAAGAUACAGGCUGAGCAGCUUUUUAAUCUCAUCCACCAGGCAUAUGAAGUUCUUAGUGAUCCACAGUCUCGAGCCAUAUACGACAUAUUUGGGAAGAAAGGUCUGGAGGUAGAAGGAUGGGAGGUGGUUGAAAGGAAGAGGACACCUGCAGAGAUCAGGGAGGAGUAUGAGCGCCUGCAGAGUGAAAAGGAGGAGAAAAGGCUACAGCAGAGGACAAAUCCCAAAGGGACCAUAAGUGUGGGAAUAGAUGCCACAGACCUGUUUGAUCGUUAUGAAGAAGAUUUCGAGGAAACGCCAGGAGGAGGAUUUCCUCAUAUUGAGAUCAACAGGAUGCACAUAUCACAAUCUGUUGAGGCCCCCUUAACUUCCACAGACACAGCCGUGCUUUCAGGGUCUCUAACCACACACAACGGUAAUGGUGGAGGCAAUAUCAAUCUGUGUCUGAGACGAGUCACCUCUACACGCGGCUGGGGAGAGGUAGAGUUCGGGGCAGGAGACGUUCGUGGACCUUAUUUUGGAAUGAAAGUGUUUAGGAAUGUAACCGCACGAUGCUUUUUGACUGCACAGUGUGGAAUGCAGUUUUCCUCUCGUGGCAUCAAGCCGAGCGCCAGCACAAUGAUGGCACGCCACUUGGACAAGAACACCAUGGGCUACCUGCAGUGGCGCUGGGGCAGCGAGUCAGCCAUGACCACCAGCAUUGUACGAGACACCAAGACCAGCCAUUUUACCCUGGCUCUUCAGCUUGGCAUGCCGCAUUCCUACCUAAUGAUGAGCUAUCAGUACAAAUUUCAAGAUGAAGACCAGACCAAAGUCAAGGGUUCAGUCAAGACUGGGUUUUUUGGGACGGUAAUAGAAUACGGUGCAGAGAGGAAGAUCAGCAGACACAGUGUAAUUUCAGCCACAGUUAGCAUCGGGGUACCUCAGGGAGUCUCUCUCAAAAUCAGGUUGAACCGAGCCAGUCAGACCUACCUUUUCCCCAUCCACCUGACAGAGCAAAUCAUGCCCAGUGCUGUGUUUUAUGCCACUGUUGGUCCACUGGUCAUCUACUUAGCCAUCCAGAAGCUCAUAAUUACACCUUAUGUAAACAGCCAAAAGCAAAAGGAGCUGGAAAAGCAUCAAGUGAACUCUGCUACAGAUAUUGCCAAAAAGAAGCAGGAAGCUGAAUCUGCAGUUUCGCUGAUGCAAGAGUCAGUACGGAGAAUUAUUGAGGCAGAGGAAUCCAAAAUGGGUCUAAUCAUCUUAAACGCCUGGUAUGGCAAGUUUGUGAUGGACACCAGUCACAAGCAGGAGCGAUCAAAGCUCAUCGAUGUGACAGUGCCUCUGCAGUGCCUGGUGAAGGAUUCCAAACUAAUCCUCACUGAGGCAUCAAAGGCUGGGUUACCUGGCUUCUACGACCCGUGUGUUGGCGAGGAGAAGAGCCUGAAGCUGCUUUACCAGUUUAGAGGAGUCUUGCACCAAGUACUGUCUGGAGAUACCGAAGCCCUGCGGAUACCCAGACAGUCGCACAGAUUAGACCCUAAGAAAUAAAAUUCUCUUCUACACAUGGACAGAAUCAGCACAGCUGCUAAUAAAGAGACAUCAAGUGAAGAGGAAUCCUAAAGCCUGUCUGCAUUGUUUCUCCUCGUGAAGCCACCUGCAUAAACUGUCCUUUUCUUUGUCCUGUAUCACAUGACAUUAAUGAUGCAGAUCAUAAAGAAUUGACAGCGAUUAAGUAGCUGAUGGUA